CAGGUUACGCCAUAUUGUCCCUUUUCCGAGGAGAGUGCUACAUUUCUGCAAAAAUGACAAAAUAGUAGGUGUCAGCUUAUUUAAAAAACAUUGCCCCAGUGGCUUUGAUAACAUGCUUACUUGCAACACAGUCAGGUGUUUAUUAUUAGACGGUAACUCGUUGAUUCAGCUGGCGUGGCUAGCUGUUAGCUUAAAUCCGUUAGCGCAGUCCUUUUAGCCGGUGUUGUGAGCGGAGCGGCUUUGUAACGCUGUGCUGCCCAUCUUCACCCUCUUUACCUGGUUACACUUAAGUAUUUAUUUUACAGGCUUAUUUUAUCAACGGUAGAGGCUAAGAUGGCGCACACUGGGGCAAUGGAAGAUGCAUCCAUGGAGGAUUGCUCUACCAAACAGGGGUCUAGUGUCUGCCUGCGAAGUCGACCGUGCUCCAGCGAGAGAGACGGUCAGGUACGGGCUGUCAAAGCCGCUCUGCAGUCCAAGUUGGGGCCCUACGAGCCCGUCCUGACCUAUCUACAGUCCGUCCUGGUGUGGCAGAGACCCUUUCAGUGUGUGCUUCUUUACUCUGUGGUCAACGUUGUGUUCUGGUUCUUUGCUCUGACUUCACUGCGCCUGCUGUUUCUGCUAGCUUCUGGUCUGGCUGUGGUUGUCUGUGUUGAUACCUGGAGAAACAAAAUCUGGCCAGAAAUUAGAGUCAGAAACCUGGAUGAAUCAGAAAAUGAGAGCUGGGGUCUGGUGCAGCCCGGCAUCCUCAGUGUGCCUGAACUGUGCCACCAUAUCGCUGAGGCCUGGGUCAGUGGAACAGUUCUCACAUCCAGUAUGAUGCAGUACAAACGACAAAACCCUGGAAAGUUUUGCAUCCUGACCUGUGGAGUGUUCACCUGUUUGGCUGUGGUUGGGCGCUACAUUCCUGGAUUGGUGCUCUCCUACUCUGCUGUGUUAGCAACUCUCCUGGCCCCUCUGGCAGCCUAUCACAGGCUCUUUCAGCAUGUUUGCGUGAAGUUGGAGCCGGUCCUGCAGCGGCUGGACUUCAGCGUUCGUGGAUACAUGAUGUCAAAUCCUAUUGAUAAUCAGUUCUUGCGGAAGUCUAUCCGUGGAGCAUCCUCAGAUGACGCCAGUGACAGCGAGGAGGAAUUGGCCGCUUUCUGUCCAACAUUUGAUGAUGCUGUUGUUGCGAAGGAACUUGCAUUGACAGACUCUGAGCACUCUGAUGCUGAGGUGUCCUACACUGACAAUGGAACAUUUAACCUGUCACGUGGCCAGACCCCACUCACAGAGGGCUCUGAGGAUCUUGACAGACACAGUGAUGCUGAGGAAUCCUUUGCUCAAGACCUCCCAGACUUCCCCUCCAUAAACCCUGAUGCCACCCUGAUGGAUGAUGAUGACGACACAAGCAUCGGGCUACCUAGUUUGGGUCCAUCUGGGCUAGCUGGUCACCGGGCUUCAGUGCUGGAUGUGGAUGCUCAUCUGGAUUCCGACCAGGAGGAUCUGGAUGCAGAACUUUCUCUCAGUGGCCUGCCACCUGCCUCUGAUUUCACUGGCGACUUGGCCGGAGUCAUUGCCAGCAACAUGAUCCAGGCGGCGUUGGCUGGGGCAUUGCAGCCUCGGCCUCCUGUUACCCACCGCAGAGAGGGCCCACCCAAGGCCAGAACCCACCGAAGCUACCGCAAACAGUCCAGCUCCGAGUUGGACACAGACUUGGAUGGAGAGGACUUUGAAAUGCUGGAUCAGUCUGAACUGAACCAGAUGGAUCCCCUCGGAGGAGGAGGAGGUCCUAGAAGGGGGGAGAGUCAGGGGUCUAACUUCUUAUCUAGCCUUCUGGGUAAACCACAGUAAGGUGUGUGUGUGUGUGUGUGUGUGUGUGUGCGUGUGUGUGUGUGUGUGUGUGUGUGUGUGCGUGCGUGUGUAU